CUUGGGGUGGUUAUCGAUUGACGAUAGCCCUCGCAAUUUGGGAAAGUAAACAAAAGCAAAUCCGUUGAAGAAAUCUGUUAAAAAUCCAAGAUAUGAGCAAUAGCGAGGACUCGCAGCAGUAUCUGAACGACAUGCUGGUCAAGGAGGAGGACGAGGCGUCCGGCGACGAUUCGGACAAACAGGAUGGAGGGAUAAUGCUACGCGAACAGGACCGAUUUCUGCCCAUCUGCAACAUCAUUAAGAUCAUGAAGGUUCCGGUGCCCCAGAACGGCAAGAUAGCCAAGGAUGCACGAGAGUGCAUCCAGGAGUGUGUCUCCGAGUUCAUAUCCUUCAUUAGCAGUGAGGCCAUCGAACGUAGCGUCGCGGAGAAUCGCAAGACAGUCAACGGGGACGACCUGCUGGUGGCGUUCAGCAAUCUGGGAUUCGACAAUUACGUGGAACCACUGUCCAUUUACCUGCAAAAGUACCGAGAGUCGAACAAAUCGGAUCGUAAUCUCUUUCUGGACGCCAGUUAUCCGCACAACGAAGAUGGGUCCUCCGCAAACGAUGCGGGGAAACAGUAACCCCUUUCUUACUUACCCUGUUAGUUAAGGUUCUUUUGACAUUAAGGAAAUAUUUGUCUAAUUCAAAGUGUUUUGUUUAAUCCUAACAGUACACCUUGAUUGACUAUUUAAGUUAAUAUUAUCAUUACUAUUCUUUCUGAUUAUUUAAUUUUUUAUUUUGUAUAUAUGAUAUAUGAUUUUAUUUUAAUUGUAACCACAGAUUUUAUAUGCAUAAAUCCAUUUUUACUCUCCCGAUACAUAGUCAAAUUCAAUAUUUAGGUCUUGGUACUGGUAGCAAACAUGAAUUUAUGUAUCGCGGGCCCAUUAAGCCAAAUUACUGAUACUCUUAUAUAAAAUAAAUAUGUUUAUUUAGUAAACAUUAAUAU